UUUAAUUUGAAACGUUUGUCCGGAAGUUGUAUUAUUCUUCUUACAGCGUGGUCAGGACGAGAAGCCGGCGAACAGGUCCCCUCCUGGCCAGCCUCCCCCGACACACACUCCGUCCUACAACACACACUCGUAACCUCACCUCAGGGCCAGCAGAGAGCUCUCAGUGCCAUCGAACACACCCAGCCCGCCAUUCAUCUCACACACGCACAAGUUCUCCACUCCAGCCACAUUCACAGACGGGAACCCUUUCCACAAACACACACUCACCUGGUUUCACUUCAGCAGCGUCAUGCUGAGCCAGGACUUCCUGCGGAAGCUGAAGUUGCCAGAUCUGGAUGAUGUCAGGCAUUACAUCAGGAAUGUGCCCACCCCGAUGUUGGUCAGCAUGGGGGCAGUGGCUGCUGCCACAACCUACUACCUGGCUACCCGUCCCAAGGCCCUCCCACCAGUCUGCGACCUCUGUAUGCAGUCAGUUGAGGUUCCGGGUGGAGAGUUGGCACGUCGAUCAGUUCUGUUGAACGGAGUCGCUCAGAUGACACAUAUUUACGAAGAUGCCAGAACGUUGUAUGAGUUCUUCCUCAGAGGGGUCCGAGUCUCCAAUAACGGUCCCUGUCUGGGAUCCAGGAAACCCAAACAGCCGUAUGAAUGGCUGUCCUACAGAGAGGUAAUGGAGCGAACAGAGAAUCUGGGUUCAGCAUUUCUUCACAAAGGACACUCCAAGACCACAGACCCCCACGUUGGCAUCUUCUCUCAGAACAGACCUGAGUGGACCAUCAGUGAGCUGGCAUGCUACACCUAUUCUCUGGUGUCAGUCCCUCUCUACGACACACUGGGAACAGAAGCCAUCGGCUACAUCAUAGACAAAGCUUCCAUCUCGACCAUCAUGUGCGACGUGGUAGAUAAAGCCAACCUGGUCCUGGACUGUGUCAGGGACAAGGAGCACUCUGUGAAAACCAUCGUUCUGAUGGAGAACCCCGGAGCCGACCUGGUCAACAGGGGCCAGCAGGCUGGAAUCCACAUCCUCAGCCUGCAGGAGAUGGAGGCUAUCGGGAAGGCCAACCAUCAACAACCAGUGCCUCCGCGACCUGAGGACAUGGCUCUCAUCUGCUUCACCAGUGGAACAACAGGAAAUCCAAAGGGAGCUAUGUUGACACAUAGAAAUGUUGUGUCCAACUGCUCAGCCUUCAUCAAAAUGACAGAGGUUUCCUGUCCAUUGUUACCCAGUGAUGUCCAUAUUUCCUUCCUGCCCCUGGCUCAUAUGUUUGAGAGAGUAGUCCAGGGAGUGAUGAUAGUGCAUGGAGCCAGGAUUGGCUUUUUCCAGGGAGAUAUUCGCUUGCUGUCAGAUGACCUGAAUGCACUGAAACCCACUGUGUUUCCUGUGGUUCCCCGACUGCUAAACAGAAUGUAUGAUAAGAUCUUUGGGCAGGCUGACAGCUUCCUGAAGCGCUGGCUGCUGGGAUUCGCCUGCAGGAGGAAGGAGGCAGAGAUGAGGAAAGGCAUCGUGAGGAGAGACAGUAUCUGGGAUCGACUCAUCUUCCGGAAGGUUCAGGCCAGCCUCGGAGGUCGCGUGCGGCUCAUGCUGACAGGAGCUGCUCCCAUCUCUCCUACUGUGCUCACCUUCCUCAGAGCUGCAGUAGGCUGUCAGUUCUAUGAAGGUUAUGGACAAACCGAGUGCACUGCUGGAUGCACCAUGACCAUGCCCGGGGAGUGGAACGCAGGUCACGUCGGAGCUCCUCUGCCCUGUAACUCACUUAAACUGGUGGACGUGCCCGAGAUGAACUACCUGGCUGUAAACGGGGAGGGAGAGGUGUGUGUGAAGGGCCCCAACGUGUUCCAGGGCUACCUGAAGGACCCCGAGAAGACUGCAGAGGCCAUCGAUGCAGAUGGAUGGCUUCAUACAGGAGACAUUGGAAAAUGGCUUUCUAAUGGCACGCUGAAGAUCGUGGACAGGAAGAAACACAUCUUUAAAUUGGCACAGGGGGAGUACAUCGCUCCUGAAAAGAUAGAGAACAUCUACAAUAGGGGGGAUGCAGUGGCGCAGGUCUUUGUGCACGGAGACAGUCUACAGGCAUGUCUGGUAGCAGUGGUGGUUCCUGACCCCGACUUCCUGUCUAACUGGACCAAGAGGACCCUGGGACUGGAGGGCAGCUACCAGGAACUAUGUGGCAGAGCGGAAGUCAAGGCAGCCAUCUUCAAAGACAUGGUGCGACUGGGCAAGGAAGGAGGCCUCAAGUCCUUUGAGCAGGUGAAGACCAUCUACAUCCACACCGAGCUGUUCUCAAUAGAGAACGGCCUGCUCACUCCAACGCUGAAGGCCAAGAGGAACGAAAUGCGACAAUACUUCAGAGCCCAGAUAGACGAGCUGUACGCUGGGAUUAAAAUGUAGAAGGAGGGCAUAAAGGAAGAACAGAGACACACACCCAGUGUACCAAAGGGAGACGAAGACGGGAACAAGCCAAGGCUCACAUAGGGAAGCAAAUGUUUAGUCCUCAUGGCCAGUAACACUAGAAACACCAGCAACAGGAGGCGGUGUAGCUUUAAAUAGAACUUGAUUCAGAGCAUGUAGAACAAAAUCAACGCCCUUGAGGAUCUUUGGCACAGAAUACGAGAUCUCUGAAGCUCCAGAGUAGAUUUUAUGCUUCAAAUAAAUUUGUCUAUUGAUGAAAUAGUUUUGCCUAUGCUAUGUACAGUACAAAUUCUGUGAAAACGUGUUGAUUUUAAUUAGCUAUUUUGAAAUGAUAUUUUCAUUCAGGAUGUUUUUAAAGGGAAAUAUCAAAGUGCAGCUCUGUAGCAUCUCAGGACUUCACUGGCAGGAACCACACACAGCACCUCCUACACACACAUAUACACACUACCACUGAGCACUGAAACGGGGUCGUGACCCGCUCUACACACUGCAACUUCAACAUUUCAGUGUCUUUGAUGAGAUUUUUCUCUCAGAUGUCAUGAUUUUAUCUUACUGUGUUUUUUGAAUUUGUUCUGUAAAAAGGAUUGUUUCUGUUGGGUCCUUAAAUAUUUUAAUGAAUAAGCUUGGGUCCAAAUAGGACCCUAUCAACCAGCAGAGAGAGCCAUAUUAAAGAUAAUCUUAGAUCGGUGCAAACAGGGAAUUCAGGUACUAAAGAUCAUUCGGGACAAAGGGAAACUGUCAUAGUUUAUAAUUUAUUUAUGGUAAAAAGGGAAAAGAUUUGCUGAAGGAAUCAGUUUUCUUAAAUUAUUAUUAUAUGCUGAAGAAGGGUGAAACUAUACAUUUCAAAAUGACAUGGUUCACAACCUGAAUGAAAUCCUUUUGAAUGUUUAAAGUUAAAAAAAUCUGUAAGUACUUUUGACUAUGGUCUUGCUUAACUGUUUGUACUCUCAUCUCAGA